UGUGGCGGAGAAGAAGGAGAGGGUGUGUUCUUUAAGUUAAUAGAAGAGAAAAUUGAGGAAAAUGGUGUCAUUAGUUCAUGCAAUUUUGCUUGUGAUUUUGUUGUUUUCAGUGCUUGCAAAUGGCAUUACUCGCCAUUAUGAGUUCAAUGUGGUGCUGAAGACGACCACUCAUCUCUGCUCCUCGAAGCCAAUUGUAACAGUAAAUGGACGGUAUCCAGGCCCAACUCUCUACGCCAGAGAAGGUGACAACGUGCUAGUCAACGUGGUCAAUAAAGUCAAUUACAACGUUACGAUUCACUGGCAUGGAGUAAGACAACUCAGAACGGGCUGGGCCGACGGGCCAGCUUACAUUACCCAAUGCCCAAUCCAACCCGGCCAGAGCUACCUCUAUAACUUCACCCUAACAGGCCAGCGAGGUACUCUAUGGUACCACGCCCACAUAUUAUGGCUAAGGGUCACACUUCAUGGCGCCAUUGUCAUCAAGCCCAAGCCCAAAGUCUCUUACCCUUUCCCUAAACCCUACAAGGAGGUCGUCGUCAUCUUAGGCGAGUGGUGGAAGGCUGACACGGAAGCUGUCAUUAACCAGGCAAUGCAAACCGGCCAAGCACCAAAUGUUUCUGAUGCUCACACCAUCAACGGUCACCCAGGCCCUUUGUCUGCCUGCAAUUCUUUACAAGAUGGAUUCAAACUACAUGUAAAAAGCGGCAAGACAUACCUACUCCGCAUCAUCAAUGCUGCACUCAACGAAGACCUCUUCUUUAAAAUCGCUGGCCACAAACUCACCAUCGUCGAAGUCGAUGCCAUCUACACCAAACCCUUCACCACCGACACUAUUCUCAUCACCCCAGGCCAGACCACCAACACCCUCCUCACCGCCAACAAAUCCACCGGCAGAUACCUCAUCACCGCCUCCCCUUUCAUGGACACCAUGAUCAUUGCAGUCGACAACAAAACUGCGACGGCCACCGUUCAUUAUGAUGGUUCUGUCGCCACCACAUCUAGCAUCACCACCACUAAAAUCCCGCAAAGGAACGCAACUCCGAUAGCCACUAGUUUCUCCAACUCUCUCCGUAGCCUCAAUUCAAGAGAAUUUCCUGUCAAUGUGCCCCUGGAGAUCGAUCACUCACUCCUCUUCACUAUUGGAUUAGGGGUAAACCCUUGCGCCACAUGCAUCAAUGGGAGCCGCGUGGUGGCUGCGAUCAACAAUAUUAGUUUUGUUAUGCCGUCGACUUCUUCAUUGUUACAAGCACAUUUCUUCAAUUUAUCUAGAGUGUUUACGACAGAUUUCCCCGGGAAGCCACCAUUGGCGUUUAAUUACACGGGAACGGGUCCGAGAAAUUUGAGGACAUUGACGGGGACCAGACUUUACAGACUUAGGUAUAAUUCGACGGUGCAGCUUGUGUUGCAGGAUACAGGGAUUAUUGCGCCUGAGAGCCAUCCCAUACAUCUACACGGGUUCAAUUUUUUCGUGGUGGGGAUGGGAGUUGGGAACUAUAACCCUAAGGCCUCGCCAUCUGCGUUUAAUCUAGUUGAUCCUAUUGAGAGGAAUACUGUUGGAGUUCCGUCGGGCGGGUGGGCGGUGCUAAGAUUCAGAGCCGAUAACCCAGGGGUGUGGUUCUUGCACUGUCAUUUUGAGGUGCACACGACUUGGGGGCUGAAGAUGGCAUUUGUCGUGGAUGAUGGAAAUGGGCCGAAUGAGUCCAUACUGCCUCCUCCAGCAGAUCUUCCACAUUGUUAAUUGGGCGUCUUAAGAAGCAGCCUAAAACUUUCAACGUCUAUUAGUGGAAAGAAUU